AUGGAAAAAAAAACAUUAGAUCUCUCUCACUCAACAAGUACCAAUUGUCCUAGUCCAAAAUUCCCGUAAAUCAUAAUAAUGCAUAAAACAGCACAAUCAUGGUUUACAGGAGGACCAAGUAAUGAUGUAGAUAAAAACCCAUCAUCAUUAUUAGCUGAUUGGAAUGCUUAUGCUGCUGAUCAAGAUAAUCAAGGUUCAUCAUCUGAUCUUGGUUUCGAUCUUGAAGCUGCUGUUAGAACCGCUAAUGAUAAAGUCUCUGGUACUUUUAACGUGGUUUCUAAAGGAGUCAAAGGUUUACCAGGAAGCUUCCAAUCUGCAACCAGCAAUGUCCCUUCUGGGAAGUCCCUUAUGUACUUUGGCUUAUUUCUUGCAGCUGGUGUUUUCUUCAUUUUCAUUGCAUUCACUAUGUUCCUCCCUGUCAUGGUGCUGAUGCCUCAGAAAUUUGCUAUCUGCUUCACAAUUGGUUGUGCGUUCAUUAUUGGCUCGUUCUUUGCCCUCAAAGGUCCAAAGAAUCAGCUUACACACAUGACAUCAAAAGAGAGACUUCCUUUUACAGGGGUUUUUAUUGGCAGCAUGGUAGGGACCGUUUACGUCUCUAUGGUGCUCCACAGUUAUAUUCUUUCUGUGCUCUUCUCAGUUAUACAGGUCUUUGCUCUAUCUUAUUAUGUUAUCUCCUAUUUCCCUGGAGGUUCAGCUGGGAUGAAAUUUCUUUCCUCAACACUUACAUCCUCUAUUCUCAGAUGUUUUGGAAGCUCUUAUGAUGUACUAUAAGCCAAAACCUAGACGCAUUGUGUUUUGGAGGGAAGACUUUAAAAUUGAUUUUCCCACCAAAGAAUGAUGUGGCUUGACGUUAACGAAGUGGGUGAAAAUUAUGGAAGAUUAGGGUUCAAACCUCGAUAGAGACAACAAAUGCCAAGUGAUUCUUUUUCAUCUACGUAGAUCUUGGUGGAUAGAAUUAUUCGAUACUUAUACUUGUGAAAGCCAACAGGUAAGUUAGACAAAGAGUUAUCAGAUAAAUAUGUUGGACAGAGCAAGUCAAUAGAUUUUCUUUUAGUAAACCAAUGUCUUGGUUCAAUUGAACUCAUUGUUUUCAAUUCGAACUAUAUAUACACAUGCAAAAGAAAGUUGAAAUAUAUAUAUAUAUAUAUACCAUCCUGAAUGUUCAUCUCAACAUUGACAAAGAUGGAUCUAUAUUGUAACCUAUGGUUUACUUGAAUUUAAUAGCUUUUGUCUAGAUCCUGAUAUGUAUUAAUAGUUUCACUGAAUAUCUAUAAGCAUUUGAUGUACACUUAAUUAUUAUUCUGUAUAUUAACUUGAGGUCGUUGUAGAAACUCAAACUUCAAA